AUGGACCUGGAUGUACUGAAUAUGUUCCUAAUAGCUGGAGGUACUUUGCUGAUCCCGAUUUUGGCUUUUGUGACUUCCUUUUUCCUGUGGCCCGCCGCUCUCAUCAAGAUUUAUUAUUGGUACUGGCGCAGGGCCUUAGGAAUGCAGGUAAAAUUUGCCAACUAUGGAAACUACAGAUUCUGCUACACAUGUCGAGGUAGACCGGGGCCCAAACCAUCCAUCCUUAUGUUACAUGGAUUUUCUGCCCAUAAGGACAUGUGGCUGGCUAUAGCCAAGUUCCUUCCUAAGAACUUGCAUCUGAUUUGUGUGGAUCUACCCGGUCAUGAAGGUACCACGCGCUCACCCUUAGAUGACUACUCAGUCAUCGGACAGGGAACCGGAUACACCAGGUUUGUUGAGAGCAUAAACCUGAACAAGAGGCCUUUCCAUCUUGUUGGUACAUCGAUGGGUGGUAGUGUGGCCGGGGUAUACGCUGCUCAGUAUCCAAAAGACAUUGGCAGUUUGACUCUAAUUUGUCCUGCAGGUAAGUCCCAAUAA